GGCGGGGCGCGGCUGGCCGGGCCUCAGGACCCUGCGCCCGCGGCUCGGAGGGCGCGCUUGACUGACAGGCGGCGGUGGCGGCGCGGUUGCGACUGCAGGUCCCCCAGCGGAAGCCUGUGCUCACCCCAGCCCGGCGCAGCGACUCCCCACUGUCGGCCGGGACCGAAGGAUGCGGAGGGUGACUGCCUCCUGGGGCUGCCGCUUUGCACAAAGGUGAGCCCAGGCCAGCAUGGGGGACUCCAGGGACCUUUGUCCUCAUCUUGACUCGAUAGGGGAGGUGACCAAAGAGGACUUGCUGCUCAAAUCCAAGAGCACCUGUCAGUCAUGUGGGGUUUCUGGACCCAACCUGUGGGCCUGUCUCCAGGUCUCUUGCUCCUACGUCGGCUGCGGAGAAUCCUUCGCUGACCACAGCACCCUCCACGCACAGGCGAAAAAGCACAACCUGACGGUGAACCUGACCACAUUCAGGGUGUGGUGCUACGCCUGCGAGAAGGAAGUGUUCCUGGAGCCGCGGCUGGCGGCCCACCCGCCUAGCCCCGUGCCCAAGUUCUCAGAGCAGGACUCUCCGCCGCCCUCCCACCCUCUGAAAGCCGUCCCCAUUGCUGUGGCUGACGAAGGAGAGUCCGAGUCAGAGGACGAUGACCUCAAGCCACGAGGCCUCACGGGCAUGAAGAACCUCGGCAACUCCUGCUACAUGAACGCGGCCCUGCAGGCCCUGUCCAACUGCCCCCCGCUCACCCAGUUCUUCUUGGAGUGUGGAGGCCUGGUGCGCACAGACAAGAAGCCAGCCCUGUGCAGAAGUUAUCAGAAGCUGGUCUCUGAGGUCUGGCACAGGAAACGCCCCAGCUACGUGGUUCCCACCAGCCUGUCCCACGGGAUCAAGUUGGUCAACCCAAUGUUCCGAGGCUAUGCCCAGCAGGACACCCAGGAAUUCUUGCGCUGCCUGAUGGACCAGCUGCACGAGGAGCUCAAGGAGCCCGUGGUGGCCACAGCGGCAGCGCUGACCGAGGCGCGGGACUCGGACUCGAGCGACACGGAUGAGAAGCGGGAGGGUGACCGUAGCCCCUCAGAGGACGAGUUCCUGUCGUGCGACUCCAGCAGCGACCGCGGAGAGGGCGACGGGCAGGGCCGCAGCGGCGGAGGCCCCCGGGCCGAGGCGGAGCUGCUGAUGGCGGACGAGGCGGGCCGCGCCAUCUCCGAGAAGGAGCGCAUGAAGGACCGCAAGUUCUCCUGGGGCCAACAGCGCACCAACUCGGAGCAGGUGGACGAGGACGCCGACGUGGACACCGCCAUGGCCGCCUUGGAGCAGCAGCCCCCGGAGACGGAGCAACCUUCCCCACGCUCCACCAGUCCCUGCCGGACGCCAGAGCCGGACAACGAGGCGCACAUGCGCAGCACCUCCCGGCCCUGCAGCCCCGUGCACCACCACGAGGGCCACGCCAAGCUGGCCAGCAGCCCUCAUCGUGCGAGCCCCGUGAGGAUGGGGCCGGCCUACGUGCUCAAGAAAGCCCAGGUCCCCGGCAGCCGGCGGCGGAAGGAGCAGAGCUACCGCAGCGUCAUCUCAGACAUCUUCGACGGCUCCGUCCUCAGCCUCGUGCAGUGUCUCACCUGUGACCGGGUGUCCACCACGGUGGAGACAUUCCAGGACCUGUCACUGCCCAUUCCUGGCAAGGAGGACUUGGCCAAACUCCACUCGGCCAUCUACCAGAACGUGCCAGCCAAGUCGGGCGCCUGCGGGGACAGCUAUGCUGCCCAGGGCUGGCUCGCCUUUAUUGUGGAGUAUAUCCGACGGUUUGUGGUAUCCUGUACCCCUAGCUGGUUUUGGGGGCCAGUCGUCACCCUGGAAGACUGCCUGGCUGCCUUCUUUGCUGCUGAUGAGCUGAAGGGUGACAACAUGUACAGCUGUGAACGGUGUAAAAAGCUACGCAACGGGGUGAAGUACUGUAAGGUCUUGCGGUUGCCGGAGAUCCUGUGCAUUCACCUGAAGCGCUUUAGGCACGAGGUCAUGUACUCUUUCAAGAUCAGCAGCCACGUGUCCUUCCCCCUCGAGGGCCUUGACCUGCGCCCCUUCCUCGCCAAGGAGUGCACGUCCCAGAUCACCACCUAUGACCUUCUCUCCGUCAUCUGCCACCACGGCACGGCAGGCAGUGGCCACUAUAUCGCCUACUGCCAGAACGUGAUCAACGGGCAGUGGUAUGAGUUCGACGACCAGUAUGUCACCGAGGUCCACGAGACAGUGGUGCAGAACGCGGAGGCCUACGUGCUCUUCUACAGGAAGAGCAGCGAGGAAGCUGUGCGCGAGCGGCAGCAGGUGGUGUCCCUGGCCGCCAUGCGGGAGCCCAGCCUGCUGCGGUUCUAUGUGUCCCGGGAGUGGCUUAACAAGUUCAACACCUUCGCCGAGCCAGGGCCCAUCACCAACCACACGUUUCUCUGCUCCCACGGAGGGAUCCCGCCCAACAAAUAUCACUACAUCGACGACCUGGUGGUGAUCCUGCCGCAGAACGUGUGGGAGCACCUCUACAACAGGUUUGGGGGCGGCCCCGCCGUGAACCAUCUGUACGUGUGCUCCAUCUGCCAGGUGGAGAUCGAGGCUCUGGCCAAGCGCAGGCGGGUGGAGAUUGACACCUUCAUCAAGCUGAACAAGGCAUUCCAGGCGGAGGAGUCGCCCAGCGUCAUCUACUGCAUCAGCAUGCAGUGGUUCCGAGAGUGGGAGGCCUUUGUCAAGGGCAAGGACAAUGAGCCCCCGGGGCCCAUUGACAACAGCAGGAUCGCACAGGUCAAAGGAAGUGGCCACGUCCAGCUGAAGCAGGGAGCUGACUACGGGCAGAUCUCCGAGGAGACCUGGGUGUACCUGAACAACCUCUACGGCGGUGGCCCCGAAAUUGCCAUCCGCCAGAGCGUGGCUCAGCUCCCGGACCCGGAGAGCUUGCAUGGUGAACAGAAGAUCGAAGCAGAGACCCGGGCCUUGUGACUCGGUGGGCCAGUCUGCCCCCGCCUUUGCCCUCCGCCCUGUGGAGGGUGUGUCUGUCCCCGGAAGAGAGGCCGGCCGCUCUGGAAACCCAGAUGUAUAGAGGCAGGAGAGUUGUUUUGGUUCACAGUGAGUAACGCCGAGCUUAGAAAUACACCCCCUUCAGGCUUGUUGAAACGACCACGGCUCCGCAGCGUUAACUCGGGUCCCUGCCGUCGUGUCGUCGUCACCGAACCUGCCCUCUCACUGGCUCGGGCCCAGCCGUGGUCCCUGGAGCCCUCAAGUUGGGGGCCGUGGCCUCAGGACAGGGGGGUCGUGGAGGGGCUGCUGCUCCUCAGGCGUUGCCCACCGGCGCCUGAUCCGGCCCCGGGUCAGAGCCCCGAGCAGGGUGCUGCGCGCCUGGCCCUGAGGAUGCCACCACCGUGGGUCCCCGCGCCAAUUCCUGCCGAGGCCCCGCUUCACCCCGCACCUCCCAGUCAUCACAGAAGUCUCCAGAAUCCUGCUCUCAGCGUUUCUCCCGUAGACUUAACCACUCUGGAUUCAUUGGCAGUUGGGACACGAGGGCGGGCUUGGCAUUCUGUCCGUGGGGACGGUUUCCGGAGGCAGCUGUUCCCCUCUCACCCUGCCUCGCCCUGCCCCGGGCAUCGCCGGCCACUUGCCCCUGCCAGGGCCCCAGGUGGUGCAGCAGGAGUCCCUCGCGUUCCUGGGUCUGCAGUUAAUGCAGCUUCCGCAGGGGCGCUGACGCUUCUCCUCACCACACCACCGAGCACGCAGGGCCUCUGGCCCAGGGAGGGGAGGGCCUGGGCCAGCGCACACAGGCGGGUCCCAGAGGGAGUCUUGUAGAUGCUGGGAGAGACCGCCGCCGGGGUGCUGGGACCCCUGAGCGCAGCAAGGUGACACGGAAGCCCCUGGACGAAAGAGCCGGGUGGAGAGGCCCGUCUCAUCGGGGCCGCAGUGAAUGAGGGGCGGGAAGGGGUCCUGGGACCAAAGCCCCCCAUCUGCUGUGGCCUUCGGUCUCCGUAGAAGAGAUGCCCAUGGAACUUGGCGGCCGGUGGCCCUGGCAGAGCCCCUGAAGCUCUGACAGUGUGUCGUUCACGUCUGUGAUCUCGUUGCACCCGGAUCUGGUUCCUUCCACACUGAGGCAGAGCAAGAUAAAAGAGCAGGCCGCUGCUGGAAUCUCUGGACAUUUGCCGCAGCCCUCGGGAGGUUGGCACCGCCGCCAGCAGCCACCCCACCCUGCAGAGCCCGGCGGCCGCCUGCUGCCCCGUUUUGUGACGUGGACUCCACCGUGCAGGCUGUACUCGCCCCAUGUCUGCGUCCAGCGUGUGCUCAGAGCGUCCCAGUAAACACGUGCCCGCGUCUCUGCA